GGAUGGAAGGGGAUAAGAAUAGAAGGGUAGAGAAUCCUCCUCCAAAUUUAUAUUGGUUGAAAUGUUAGUGAAACAAGAAAAAAGAAAGAGAGAGCCCUCAUACUGUCAGAAUUAAGUAUCCUAAAACGUAGAUUGGUCAUGUGGUCUCAAUUAAUUAGUCCUAAAUAAUAAUAAACAAAUCCAAGUUGCUCUUGCAGGCAACCCAAAUUGAAGUCAAAGCUCCCUUCAGCAAAUUAAUCCAUGGAAAUUAUGAUCUCCUCCUUCCUACCAUAAUUGGGAAAUAUAUAAUAAAAAUCCAUUCAUAAAUUAAUUAGAAUCCACCGAAUCCCCCAUUUCCUGGAUCAGAAGUUAGCAAACCAACAAAGCAAAAUUAUGAGUUUUGAAAAGGAGGACCUUGAUCUGGUUUUGGUCCCAAGUGGAUUGCUCAUCAUGUUUGUCUAUCACAUCAUCCUUCUCUACAGAUAUAUCCAUCUCCCUCAUACCACAGUUCUUGGCUUUGAAAACAAUGACAAAAGAGCUUGGGCUGAAAGAAUCAUGCAGGUUGAUAAAAGAGACGUAGGCACAGCCCUAAGUGUGAUUUCAUCUAACACAUCAGCAGCAACUUUUCUGUGUUCCAUCUCCUUAACUCUCAGCUCCCUCAUUGGAGCUUGGAUCGGAAGUAAUUCUAGUCAGACAGUCUUCCAGAGUGAAUUAAUUUAUGGAAGCACCGACCCAUCAAUCCUCACAAUGAAAUACAUAAGCCUCUUAACUUGUUUCCUUCUAGCCUUCGCAUGCUUUGUUCAAUCAGCAAGGCACUUUGUCCAUGCAAACUAUCUGAUCAGCAUGCCGGACAGUAACAUUCCGGCGUCGUACGUGCAGAUGGCGGUCAUAAGGGGAGGUGAUUUCUGGUCACUUGGGCUUAGAGCACUCUAUUUUGCUCUAACUCUUUUGCUAUGGUUUUUCGGUCCGAUUCCAAUGUUUAUUUCCUCCAUGGUUUUGGUCAUAGUCCUCCAUUACCUUGACACAAACACCAGGCCACUGCACCAGCACCAGCUUCCUGGAAAGGAGAUCGUCAAACGCGUCGGCGAAAGGAUCUCAGAGGUGGCUGUGACCAUUCAGCGUCAUACAGAAAGGGUUGAAACUACUAGAAGUACUGCCUAAUAUUGUAUUUGUUAAAAGAAUCAAUUUUUUGUAUGUAAAUGGCAAUCGUAUAUGCGUGUUUGUUUGGAGUUGUUGGGUAGUAGGUUUUCUUGGCUAGUUGUGCCAUUGGAAAUGUAUGAGUAUAAAUAUAUUGCCACGGAAGAUCAAAUUGUAAUUUGAUUAAUCAAAUCAAUGUAUUAUGAACA